GAGCUCCACUGAGUCCGGGCGGGCGGACGCACGGAGCGGCCGGCGGGGACGCGCGCGGGAUUCGGGCGGGCGAGCGGGCGGGCCGGGUGGCGGCGGAGGAGCGGGAGGCGCGAUGGCCGAGGGCAGCGCUGUGUCCGACCCUCAACACGCCGCGCGCUUGCUGCGGGCGCUCAGCUCGUUCCGGGAGGAGGCGCGUUUCUGCGACGCGCACCUAGUCCUCGACGGCGAGGAGAUCCCCGUGCAGAAGAACAUCCUGGCGGCGGCCAGCCCGUACAUCAGGACAAAGUUAAACUAUAAUCCUCCAAAAGAUGACGGAUCCACUUAUAAGAUUGAACUUGAAGGGAUAUCGGUAAUGGUUAUGAGAGAGAUCCUGGAUUACAUCUUCAGUGGGCAGAUCAGGCUAAAUGAAGACACGAUCCAGGAUGUCGUACAGGCGGCCGACCUGCUGCUGCUGACGGACCUUAAAACCUUGUGCUGUGAGUUCUUGGAGGGCUGCAUUGCCGCCGAGAACUGCAUCGGCAUCCGAGACUUUGCCCUGCACUAUUGCCUGCACCACGUGCACUACCUGGCCACCGAGUACCUGGAGACUCACUUCCGAGAUGUCAGCAGCACAGAGGAGUUCCUGGAGCUGAGUCCGCAGAAGCUCAAAGAAGUGAUCUCUCUUGAGAAGCUGAAUGUUGGCAAUGAACGAUACGUGUUUGAGGCAGUGAUUCGGUGGAUAGCACAUGACGUAGAGAUGAGAAAGGUCCACAUGAAGGACGUCAUGUCAGCACUGUGGGUUUCAGGGCUGGACUCCAGCUACCUUCGGGAGCAGAUGCUGAAUGAGCCCUUGGUACGAGAAAUCGUCAAAGAGUGCAGCAACAUCCCGCUCAGCCAGCCGCAGCAGGGGGAGGCCAUGCUGGCCAGCUUCAAGCCAAGGGGCUACUCAGAGUGCAUAGUGACCAUUGGAGGGGAAGAAAGAGUUUCACGGAAACCCACGGCCGCCAUGCGAUGUAUGUGCCCGCUCUACGACCCCAAUCGGCAGCUGUGGAUUGAACUGGCUCCUCUGAGCAUGCCAAGAAUUAACCAUGGCGUUCUGUCAGCAGAAGGAUUUUUGUUUGUGUUGGGGGGCCAAGAUGAAAAUAAGCAGACACUGAGCUCAGGAGAGAAGUAUGACCCAGACGCCAACACAUGGACCCCGCUGCCACCCAUGAAUGAGGCCAGGCACAACUUUGGGAUCGUGGAGAUCGAUGGGAUGCUGUACAUCCUCGGAGGGGAGGAUGGCGACCGGGAGCUGAUCUCCAUGGAGUGUUACGAUAUUUAUUCAAAAACCUGGACGAAGCAGCCUGACUUGACCAUGGUUAGAAAGAUUGGCUGCUAUGCAGCUAUGAAAAAGAAAAUCUAUGCCAUGGGUGGAGGAUCCUACGGAAAACUGUUUGAGUCUGUGGAGUGUUACGAUCCACGGACCCAGCAAUGGACUGCCAUAUGUCCCCUGAAAGAGAGAAGGUUUGGAGCAGUGGCCUGCGGUGUCGCCAUGGAGCUGUAUGUAUUUGGAGGAGUCAGAAGUCGAGAGGACAUCCAGGGCAGCGAGAUGGUCACCUGCAAGUCUGAGUUCUAUCAUGACGAAUUUAAGAGGUGGAUCUAUCUGAACGAUCAGAACCUGUGUAUCCCUGCCAGUUCAUCCUUCGUCUACGGAGCUGUCCCCAUCGGAGCCAGUAUUUAUGUUAUCGGAGACCUUGACACAGGUACCAACUAUGACUACGUGCGGGAGUUCAAGAGAAGCACGGGCACCUGGCACCACACGAAGCCUCUCCUGCCCUCCGACCUCCGGCGCACAGGAUGCGCAGCCCUGCGCAUAGCCAACUGCAAGCUCUUUCGCCUGCAGCUGCAGCAAGGCUUGUUCCGCAUCCGGGUCCAUUCCCCUUGAAGAGGAAGAGGAGCCAAAAGCGAGAUCCCGCCCCAAGCGCAUCACGUGGCUGGACGUCAGCAAGCGCAGAGAAGUAGCCCCAUCUUGCUGUGUGCUGGGCUUCAGUAUGGUUACUCUUCGGUGGUUUUUUAAUGCUUAGAGGCUCAGGCUUCUGCUCUUGUUUGGAGACCGUGUAACUGUUGAAAAACUACCCGGGAGGAAUCAGUUCUCCAGCCUGAUGCGUCUGUAAACCGAGGCUAGAGAAUGUCAAAAGGAGGAGGGAGUGGGGGUUGGUGUCAUGUGAAAUAUCAAAGGUAAAACCCUAAGGUGCGUUUUCCCAGAAGGGGAGCUCUUAUCCGACCGACUGUGCGUUCCAGUGUGUGUGGCUGUGGUAAACAACAGAAUCCAUAUGUGCAAGCCAACAUGCCCGGGUACACGGCUGUCCUCGUCCGGCCUGUGGAGGCUGCCAACGCCUAGCCUCACCCCCCAAUUGAGGUUGCGCCAGUUAGUUCCCAUUUAUUACUAGUGCUCUGUCUUAAGACUCUAAAAAACUAAGUUGUGAUGAAUUGAAACUAAGGUGACACUCACAAAACUUUAUCUUAGUAAAAAUUCAGUCACCCAAGGAGUUCAAGUCCGCAGCCAGCCCUUGUGUGAGCUUAAAGGAAUUGCUCUGUAAACGAUUCUGUGUCACACCGAGACAGUUCUGGGGUGGUGCUGUCAGGCUGGGAGGGAACUUAGUCAUACCAUUUUUUCCUUUCCACUAGGAAGGACAAAACCAUUUUCUAGCCUCCAGGGCAUCAGUGCAGAGGAGACUUAAGACAGAGUCGGGCAAUGAUAGAGCUCUGUUGCAACUAAAAACAGUGAAACGUUAACAAAAGAAAAAAGAAAAGAAUAAGAAAGGAAAGAAAGAAAGAGAAAGAAAGAAAGAAAGAAAGAAAGAAAAACGUGUCCAGAUAACGUGCAUAGGGAUCAAAAAGCGUCUCCAUAUAAUCUGUCUGAAAGCACACUCCGUCCUGUUUGCUGCUGCUUAGAGUUACAGACUUGUCUUUGAAUGCAGGUGUAUGUAGGAUCUUGUCUUUGUAACAGGCUGCUCGCAAUGCCCUUCACUGGUAGAAGUUUUGGAUGAAUUUCACUCCCAGGAAUGUUUGGCUGGUAGAAUAAACUACCUCAACUUAAUUUCAUUCUGUUCCCUUUAGCACCCUCUUUUCCCCUCCUUCCCCAUCACCCACCCCCAUGUUCACGCAACUCUCCUCUUCCCAUUAGUAAAAAGAAUUCCUUAGUAAGUGGAAUUUAUCUUGUGAGAUAUUUUGUUCUCCAUUGAGAUUAUGCCACCUUGGUGUGAAAUCAGGGACUUGAGCACACUCUUAGUGUGAGCUGUAUGCAAUAUCAAGUUUCUAGUUAACUUGAUAGAGAGUUCCUCAUUUCUAAUUGCUCUCUUUAACUUUCUUUCUCUUAAAUAUGGCACAAGAGGCAACAUUGUAUCUUAGUGAUUGCUAAAUGUAUAAGUACAUCCUUUGGUUAUAAAUUGGAGAGCAGGAAUUUCUUCUAGAAACUUCCUACGUGAGAUGUUUAUAUGCAAUUAAAAUGCAUAUAAAACAUCAAUCCUAUUUUCCCACCCAUGGACCUGGAAAUGGGUGGCCACUGCAUUUCCACCUACCCUGAGUCAUCAGCAUUAAAAAAAAAAAAAAAAAGUUGCUAAAAAGAGGCCAGGGAUGAGUGUAAGAAGGACUGAGACUGGCUUUGUGACUCUGCUGUGGCCGGAAGCAACUUGGCAAGAGAAGGUCUAAGGGUUUUACCCUUUGCAAUAGGGCAGAUGUGCCACACAUACAUGCUAUCCAAUCAAGUUCAGUGUCAGUCAGAGCCAGGCGUGGAUUGUGCUGCACGUCAGCCACAUGUGUGUUUCUGCAUUGGGAAGUUUUCCAUCAAAGAAGCUACUGCAGAAAAAGUAGUGUUGUUGCUGAGAUGGUGGCUCUGUGAAAUACCUGCGCAGGACAGAGCCAUGACCUGCUGAAACAGAGAGAAACCGAUAUCCUGGACAGCUGUGGUACUGCUCUGUUUUGGUUGGUAUUUGUUUGUUUGUUGUUUUUAACUCCUGAAUUUAAAGUUCUUUUAAAUCUGCUUCAGGCCUCUCCAAAGAGACAGUUCUUUGUUUAGAGUGAUGGGUCUGAUAGCCAGUGCCUGUUGACUUGGUCAGUUCACUUUAAAAAAACAAACAAAAGAACAGACUUUUCAAUUCAGUUUAUUGACACUAUAGCUGCAGAAAUUAAUAUUUCAUAAAAUAAAUUUGCAACUUAAUAUGGGAUGCAAUAUCAACAAAAGCUGCUAAGUGCCAAACUGUUAUUUUUUGUGUGUGUGUGUGUGUGUGUGUGUGUGUGUUGAAGAGUAGGGCUGUAUUUAAUUUUAUUUUGAUGUUUCAACGUUGAUCCUCUUCAUAGCUACUCCAGACUUUUAGCGUUAUGAACUGCUCCUAGCUCCCUUCAUGGAGUCUUGUUUUACUAGUCCACCAGUGUCUUGGAGCCUGAGUGGUUCCUCCCUCCUCUGCUCUUUGACCAGAUAUAUGUUGCAUUUGGCAACUGAGGCUAGAUCUUAAAAUGUAAAACACAAACAUGUUGGGGAAGUGCGAUUUCUUUUUCCUGGAAGGUGGUCUCUUAGACUACAGUAGAUGCAUCAAGGCACUUUCGUAGGCUAGGGGCUAAAGUAGGUUUGUUGUUUGUUUGUUUGUUUUUCUGACAUAUCUAAACAUAGAUUUUUCAAAGAUAUAAGUGCUUAAUUUAAAAUGAAGUGUUUAUUUUUAAUCUCAAGAAUGUGUAUGUCCUGUGAGAAGAAAAAGUGUGACAGAUGUGUGUAUGCGUGCUGUCCCACGUGACUUGACAUGUCUGUCUGUAUAUGUUUACUUUUGAACUGUAGUCACAAGCUACAUGCACUACUGUCUCCUGGUGCUUCAGAUAAACCCUGGAAUCUGUUGACCUUCAGUCCCACAGCUGUGUCAGACACAUGUUGUGUGUAAAAGUGGAACUGCCUGUAGACAGUAGUCAGUUUUGCCAGGUUUGCAUCUCUCUUCCUUAGCAGGGUUUAAAAUGUCGUAACCAGCUAGCAGCCCUGGAAAGGGCUGCUCUGGGGUUGGACAUGGCUGCUUUGAGGAGUCACGGCUGGACUUUUCACACCACGCAGCAACCAAAAAGCCUGCAGGGCUGUGCCUAAAUCUCGUUUGUGCUGGAGCCAAGUGCUCUGUUACAUCUCAGUGCUGUCUAUGCUACUCUGAUCUCUAGUGGCUUGAAAGUGUCAUUUUAGUCUUUAUAAGUGGGAGGAGCUGCCCAUCAGCAGUGUCUCGGAAACGCAUUCUUUCUGUGGAGGUGGUGAUGUCCUCUAUGGAGGUAGGAAUGUUCUUGCCGUGGUAUAUAGGAGCCUGAUGCUGCCAGUCAGGUGUCUAGGGACACAGGUAGCUCUCCUUAGAGGUACUGCUUAGCCUCUCCUUCCCAGUGCAUCACACCAGGGGUCCUACGAGGCCUCCAGAGAGUAUGACAACUCUGCAGUGCUGUCUUCCAGAAAGCUGGCUUUCCUGCUUGCACAGUCCUCCUGUGGCCUGGUGAAGGCGCUGGGUGCUCUGGGAAGGAGUGAGGUGACUUUCACUGUAUGUACUUCGAGGCACCAGAACUGCCUGAGAAGCACCCACUGGGAAGAGCAAGACUUCUUUCUUACAGUUUCAUUGCUUUAGCUGAGAGAGCACUGAGGAAGCCAGAGAUGGUGAGGCGUGACAGGCCUGCCCUGAGACACGAGGCAAAUACUGAGUGCCUCCCAAGAAUUGUGCUUGUAUUUCUGGGAACCUCACAAGGAAGCAGUUGGGACACAGCCCUCCCUCUCUGCCUUAUGAAGUAAGUGGAGAUUGAGUGAGGACCCUAUGUUGUAUGAGCUGACCUGGGUGCAAACAAGCAUUGGGUCACGGCAUCCCAACCUUCAUUGUGAUGCUUUUCAUUGGCCAGAGGGCUCCCAUCAGUUGUGCUGGAUUUUACAUGGGAAGCUGUGUGCGCGGGUAGGCUGGCCUGUGGAGCAAGGACCUAGGACAGAAUCAAACAUUCCAAGUGCCUCAUGUACCCAGCUCACGCCUAUGUCUCCUGAGUGCAUCUGUAGGAUAGUCUGAAGCCCUGCGCCCAGCACACCUCAUAAUACCCAUCUUGUUAACAUUAGCUUGAUUUACUACGUCAUAUCUGGGCUCAGAAUCUUUUCCAGAAGUUUCUGCUUUGAACCUUUCAUGUCUGAGGUGGGUGGGGAUGCUCUCCUCCUCCUAUGAGGAGGCCUUUGAAUGACCAGGGGUCAUCCAGCCGAUUCAACAGGAACUUGAUUUUUCUUGGCACAAAGGUGUUUUUAUUUCUAAAAUGUGCAUCAUUUGUAGUAUGGUUUCAUCUUCCAGACAGAGCCCUUCCAGCUGAAGAAAUUGGAAAACCUUAGCUUCUCCCACAGUGGCUGUGAGAAGUCUCGGGCUUCACUGGGUGUCUUCUGGAAGCAAGGCAGGAUUUGCGUAUAAAGCUAAGACUUUAUUGAAUUUGCCCCAUGUAGUCAGAGGGGAGGAAAGCCACCUUGACGUGCUGAGAGGUCUUUCUGCCUUCUGAAUAGUCCCCAAAGACCCCUUGCAGCUUCUCUAGCUGGACACAUACAGUUACAGGGCAGGCAUGAGAGCGAGCCCAUCAGCCAGACUGGAGAGGAGCCUGACAUGGAUGUCUCACCCUUGCUGCCAGUAAAGUCAGGAUGGAGCUGAACUGUAGGCUCUUCUACAUUGCUUGCAACUGUGAGGUGGUUCUGCCUUCUGCCUGGUGAGUCCUGUUCCUUCUUUUGAGCAUUUUAGCACUGUAUAUGUAGGGGCCUUGUUUCAUUGCUCUUCCUCACCAGAUAUGGAGAAGAUACACCUUAGGCACUGGUGCUGAAUUUCUUCAAGCAGCACCAGGAACAUCUCCAUGGCCAACUUUAUGGCAUCUCCUGGUUGGUUGGAUGGGUAUUGCUUGCAUUCAUUCCCAUUCUUAGUGAUUAUAGUGGAAAAACAAACCCUCUCUUGUCAGCUACCUCAUGAUGUAGCGUUGUAUUUGGUUCCCUGACAGAUGAGAAGAGUUCAGCAUUCUGUCCUGUAACAAAAGCCUGGAAGCAAGUGGUGAGCAGCCGUGAGGAGUUCAGUCCUCUAGCGCAUAUUUUCCCUUUUCCUGCUUUUUUAAAUGGCACUUUAAACCUGGAGGAGCAGUAAUUCUUCUGGGGCUACUUACAAGGCGAUUACUUGAAACUCAACUUGUACUUGAAAGAGUCACUUAAAAGGCUGUGUUUUGCUGUAGCGGGAAAGUAGCAUAUUCACACAGCACGGCUCUGUAAAAUAGAGGGCUCAGUUUCUGUCCCUGUCGGGAUCAGAGAAGAAGCAUGUGUCUGUGAUUUGACACAGUGUUUGGAACUUAGAUGCUUGAGGCUGCCAUUUCUUGAAAUGUGCCGCUAUUCCCUGGGAGCUUUUCCUGGCUCCUCACCACAUUCGCUUCCCUUCAGUCCUGGUACUCCAGACGUCAGAAUGAACAGAUGUUUUCCAGGUUCAAGACUGAGGUUGGCCCAACAACCUCGAAUCACAUUCUUCCUAAAAUCAUGACUGGUCUGAUUUGUCACACUCGUCAGGGACCUCUCCUGUACUUGACCCUGCGUAUCCAUUCUCCAUAUCACCAGUAGCAGGCCCUCAGUGCCCUAGCCUCUGGUCUCCCCCAGUCCCCAAGUCAGAAUGGUGCAGUUGAGGGGGCUAGCUCAGCAAUUGGAGACACUGUCCCCUGGGUUAGGGUUCUCACAGGAACAGCCAUUUCUCAGGUCACAGUUGGACCUGGCCUACUUAACUAGAAGACUUGAGUGGUCAAUAGUACUCAAAGGAACCCUGUGCCCCUCUCAGAUCCAGCCCUCCCCUCACAGCCCUGCUUGCUUAGAGUAACUGGAGUUACAUCAUGCAAUGAGAUGAUUGGAUUUGUGUGCUGAUGCUUUUCAGAGUUGGCCCAGAGACUAGAAAAUGGCAAAGCUUCUCAGGUGGCAGUGUAUGGCAGCAGCUGAGCCCCACUGAGCUGGUGACAGGAGCCUGUGGUUUCAGUGAGCAGCACCCAAGAGAACAAAUCCUCCCUUCCUGCUUAGGCCCCAAAUCAUGGUUUCAGAGUCUAGGAAAUGACCCAGGACACAAAUGGGUCCAGUGGUCAAGAGCAUGGGCUCUGGAGUUAGAGAAUCUGGAAUUAAAGACCUGUGUUCCUUUAUUCUAGUCUCAAGGCUCAGCGGGGUUUCCCUACGGAGGGAGGGCAGGGUGGGUAUUGGCCCUCCUAAAGAAAGGUGACUGUGGAGCCUGGGGUGCUGCAGUACACCUCAUUGGUCAUAUCUUCUGUCCACACAGAUAGUGCUGGGACACUGGGCCAGUAGGGGUCUGCUUGGAGCUGAAUGUCCUGGCUCCUGUCAUUGCUCAUCCCAAUGACUGCCACCACCUUAGAUACCAAUCAGCACCUGUUUGUCCUUACAAAACUCUUCUCGUUGUGGACAUAUGCCUCCCCUCACUUCCAACAGCAAUGGUAUCAAGACAUGCGCUUGCAGUGUUCAAGAAUUACAGUCAAGCCAGGUUGCUGACACAUGCCUUUAGUCCCAGCACUUGGACACAGAGGCAGGUGGAUCUCUGUGAGUUCGAGGCCAGUCUAGUCUACAUAGCAAGCACCAGGACAGCUAGAAUUACAUAGAGAAACUCUGUCGCGCGCAGCCUUCGCCGAUAAGGAUGACGCGGCAACCGAAGAUUUGUCCAGCAGAAUCUUUAUUAUGAAGCUCUUGCAGGUAGAUGGAGAAGGACCCCAAGCCUUGUGAGUGCUCUGCUUAAAUAGCCCGCAGGGCUACGUGCUCGUCUGUGAUUGGUGCUCCGCACAAUACCCAAUUAGCAUGUGUUCUCUGAUAGGGAGAGCACUCAAAUCCAUAUUAGCAUCCUGUGGCACAUGCGCUGCUGCAAGAUACAGCACUGACAAGAAGAACCAGGAAACAGGAAGCCAGCGCCAUCUUGUAAUGGCGAAUGCGGCUCCCGACAUCUCCCCCUUUCUUUAAAAUUACAAGCCAAGCCAAAAUGUAAUACUAUGAGAUUUCCGAUCGGCUCACUGACUCAACAGCAUAAGCGAUCAAGGAGGUUACAUAGUAUAAGAGACCCUUUGCACCUUGAACCCCGUGCAAUGGGAACCUGAGCCCUGGGAGAUGCAAAGGUCUGUUCAGAACAGCAUCCCGGUGCAAUGGGAACCUGUGCCCGUCAGGAGUGCCAUGAGUUCUGACAGUGUCUCAACGGCUAAGCAUGUUUAACCAAACUUGAGGGGAAGAUCCCUGUUCGACAGCCAGCAUAGCCUGAACUAUGGCCACAUUCUUUGCAUGUUGUUGUCUUUUGAACUUGCGAAGCAACCAAAAACAGAGGAGCAGUCUUGCAACCAAGGUUACUCCAAACAUUCCCACCCCCACCCAAUCUGAAGUAAGAAAAGGCAGAAGAAACCCAGGGUGGGCAAUGAAUCCACUCGAGUAGAAUUAGUGGUCCUCCUCGCUGUCCUUGAUUCUUUAAGCAGUAGCAGGUGUGUCUGUUGAAAGAUCAUCUUCAGCUGUCACGAGCUUUCGCGUGAGGCACUCCGGUACCCAGAAUGGAUUGUUUUCUUCCUGUGGAAAAACACAGACAGCUCCCCUGGAUCUUAUUAAAAUAGGAUCCGGUCCUUUCAGCGAGUUAGAAGUCUUAACCUUUCCUUUCAUCUUUACUCUGGCUCUUCUCCUCAAGCAGAGGCGCUGUCGCACCAUACCCUGGCGCAUAAGGCGGAGGAGGGUUUGGGCCAUAUCUUUCUGAUUCAUAUUUGGCCGCUUCCUCAUCUAAUUCUGCUUGUUCAUCAGGAUCAAGCCCUGUUUCCUCCUCAGAGUCAGAUGACUCUUGCUGAUCCUCUCCUUCGGAGGACGUCUCCUCCUCGGAAGAGGACGAUAUUGUAUAAUUUUUAAACUCAGUGAGGAGAGGAUACAAUUUAGGGUCCUCCUCACCUUUACUUACCCCUUUCUCAGAGGCAGACAACAGCUUUAAGUUUUUUGCUCACUGUUCGAGCUCUUCUUUGCCCUUUUUUCAAGGUCAGCUAGCUUAUCUUUACCUUUUACUUUCUUUUUUAUUGGCUUUCUUUCCUGCUUAGCCUUUUUUUCCCUUCUCAGCUUCUGAUAGACUAUCCUGAUGGUCUGACAAUGCCCGUUGGCCUUCCUUGAUUUUUUCCUUACAUCUUUCAUCCUUAAUGCAAGAUUUUAACAGUUUGUAUAGUGGCCACACCCCUGGUUUCAGGGUCCCCUGUUCUUUUUCUCGUGUCAAAUCUCCUCCUAACUUAUCCCACGAUCCUUUAGAAAGGGACCCAGAGACCACAAACCAGGGAGCUACUCGAUCAACCUCCUUAAGAAAGUUCCGCAACACCCUGUCAGGGAUUUUUAAGUCCUUUUGCCUAAGCAGCGCCUGCGCUGCUUCCAAGAUCGGUUUAGUUAGUUGGUUACCCAUGGCUCCUUUAUCUACAGGAGAGGGUGCGGCAGCUCAGUUAUCUACCUGAGUCUUAAGGCCAAACGGAAUACACCAGACCACAGAAAUCAUACCUUGCUGAAAAGUGCUGCAGCUUUUCACUCUGCUGGCUUGAAUCUUCCUCCGACGAGCAGUCGGGGGUCCUUCGAGUCGUUCCUCUGCCCGGGGUCGGCGGUUCCCGGGUUUCGGCACCACUUGUCGCGCGCAGCCUUCGCCGAUAAGGAUGACGCGGCAACCGAAGAUUUGUCCAGCAGAAUCUUUAUUAUGAAGCUCUUGCAGGUAGAUGGAGAAGGACCCCAAGCCUUGUGAGUGCUCUGCUUAAAUAGCCCGCAGGGCUACGUGCUCGUCUGUGAUUGGUGCUCCGCACAAUACCCAAUUAGCAUGUGUUCUCUGAUAGGGAGAGCACUCAAAUCCAUAUUAGCAUCCUGUGGCGCAUGCGCUGCUGCAAGAUACAGCACUGACAAGAAGAACCAGGAAACAGGAAGCCAGCGCCAUCUUGUAAUGGCGAAUGCGGCUCCCGACAAAACUCUAUCGCAGGAAAAAAAAAAUUGGUCAGCUGCCCACUUUUCAGAGCUUGCCUAAUGGAGUCCUCUAAGGAUCUUUAAAGUCCUUUACCAAGGUAGAACUUUUCUUUUUCACCAGAAUAUCAAAUUUUGUGGUCCAGAUUGACCAAAUCAACUAUGUGUUUUCUAUAUCUUCUGCUUCUUUAACUUGGAAACUGUUCCCCUGUGUCCAUGUGGUGAAGGCCAUGCCGACAGCCUGGAGGUUCUAGGCAGGUGUGCAGUGUGAGGCCUGAGCAGCCUGGGACCAUCUAGCUUCUUAGUAGGAAGUUAGCCGUUCAUCGGGCCCUAUAAAGGCCUGUAGGCUCAGCCUGGUGGUGGGCUCAGCCUGGUGGUGGGCUCAGCCUGGUGGUGGGCAUAUAAAGGAGGUGUGUGUAUUCUACUUUACACCAGUAAACAGUUUAGGUAGAAUUACAGAAUUUUAUUGCCUUGCUUAUUUAUUUUAUGUAAUUUAUUAUUAUUUUUUUUUUAAAUGUUUUGAGACAAGGUCUUACGCCCUCUGCCUCUGCCUUCCAAGUGCUAGGUUUGCUCUUCUGUCAUCUUUAGACCCACCAGGUAAAACAGCCUUGGGGUAACAGGGUGCCUUCUGCAGUACUGAGUAUUGCUUCUGCCAACACUAUCCGGGGACCUGCUGCAGGCAGGACAGUUGGCAUGGUGCUCUGCCCUGCAUCCAGAGCUCUUGGCAGCCAGGGGCUUCUCUUCGGGACUGUUACUUAGUUUAAAAAAAAAAAAAAAAGUCAUUCAGUGGGUUUUGUGAAGUAGUCCUGUGUACCUUCUAUAUUUUGCCUUAUUCUGUUGCCCUCCAUUCUGCUUGUCAUCACUUUGGUCCUUUGACUGUGGCCAUUGGCCACCAGCCACCAUGGCAGGCCCUUCAACCAGAGUGCUCGUGGUCCAACUUCCCAUAAUAGUCUUUUAUUUCCAGAGAUUUCCUCAAGCCAUAAUACCCACCAGAAGUGUGAUUUUCGGUUGCUACACAUUGUCUUUUAAGGUCUUUGCUGCCUACUCUGCCUUACACUGGGAAAUGACAGUCUUGCCUCCCAAGCUGGGCUGGCUGCCCAGGAAAGUGCUUGGUGAGCUCAGCCAGCUUCCCCUGGGAGCUGGCAUGGUUCUUUGUUAGCUCUUGUGAAACACUUCUGGGGACCCCAUUCUUGUGUCCCUAUUCUGUCUCUCCUCUGGUGAAAGCUCUCCAUAGAGCCCCUCAGCCAUUCACUCCAACCCUGUCUAGAAGUGGAAAGGAACCUUGUGGUCAUGAGGGAGCAGCCUCAUUGGUGAGAUCAGCCUCUAGUUCCCCUCCCCAUCCUCAGCGCGCCAAGCUGUCUUCAUAGCCCCUGGUGGCCACCCAGAUGCCGCUGCGAGGAUUCUGAGAACAGGGCCCUUCCCCCAGCCCUCCAGAAGGAAGAUGUUGGUUCUGUUUACCAGAGCAUUCUCAUUUGCACUCUCUGCUGUUUUUCAAACCUCCCACAUUUCUCCCCACCUGGUUUCCUAGUUGCUUGAAUUGUGUCGCAAAGAAGAAAGGAAAGGAAGGCCAGCAAGAUGGUUUAACAGGAAAAGCCUGAUGACCUGAGUUUUAAUUCCCAGGAAUCAUGUGAUAGAAAGAGAGAACUGAUUCCCACAAGUUGUCCUCUGGCCUACAUACUCACAUAUACACAUCAGUAGGUAAAUGUAAAAAGAGAAUUAUGACAGGCAGUGGUGGCGUACAUCUUUAAUCCCAGUAGUUGGGGACCAGAGGCAGGUGGAUCUCUGAGUUCGAGGCCAGCCUGGUAUACAGAGUGAGUUCCAGGACAGCCAGGGCUACACAGAGGAAUCCUGUCUCAGAAAAGAAGGAAAAUUAGAAAAAGGAAAGGAAGGAGAGAGCUGUCACUCCUGCUGCUCGCUGGACCACCGAGCCUGGGAGCAGCAGCCUAUGCAGAAGAUGUGCCUUCUUAGCCCCUGAUCAUGCCUUUGUGCUGGCACUUUCUGCCAGCCAGCUCUGGCAAGGGAGACAAACACCUGCCUGCCAGUCCCAGCAGCUUCCAGGUCAGCACCCUGCAUAGCCCAAGCCCGUCUCCAGCCUCAAGCUACUGGAGACUAGAACUCCUGUUCCACCUCCCUUGAGGCCAGCAGGAGCUCUCUCUGAGUCGGGCCAGCACCAGGCCACACAUACUACCUCAGCAUCUAGCAUCUGUCACAGCGUUGUGUGGUCACAGAUUGUCCAUCAAGACGUGCUCAGAGCCUGGGUCACCUCUCAGAGCAUGGCUGACACCCUCGCUUUGUACUUGCCCCGCAAACACUAUGGGAUUCCUUCCUGCAUCCUAUGGCAUGCUCAGGUGAGCAAGCCAGACUUCCAUCUCCUCCUGUCUUAUUUAGCUCUAACUUAAAUACACCAUGAACCCCAAACUGUGAGUAGAGUCAGAAAUGGGAAUAGCUUGCAAUGAGAAAGGGACCGGUUUUUCAUAUUUUCAUCACAACGGUUUUUGCUUCAAGAGAAUCUCUAGAAAAUAUGUAUAUGACGAUGAUGAUCAGGGUGAUGGAGAUUGUGGUGAUCACAAAUUGUAACCUAGAGUAACUCAUUGGACUUGACUGCCAUCCCUGUGAAAACAGCAAUCAGCAGUGGAGAGCUAGAGAGAUGGCUCAGCAGUCAGGAGUGCUUACUGCUCUUGCAGAGGACCUGAGUCCACCAGCACUCACAUGGAGGCUCACAGCUGUAUAUAAACUAUACCCUCUUCUGACGUCCUCAAGCACUGAGACACACACAGCACACACAACGCAUAAAUAUAAGUAAUGUAGAAACGUACCCAGAGCAAAAGUAUCCUCAGACUUAAAGAUAACUAAGCCUUCACUCUAUCUGUCAUAUAACAGCUUCCUCUAGAUGGCACCUUAAAGUUCAGCUUUCUUAUUUGGAAGUCAUCUAAAUUUCAUGACCUGAAGAACUUUGUACUACCAAGUGGCCUUCAGUAGAGAAAAAUAGAAAAGAUAUCAGGUGUGGUGGCACACACAUCUAAUCCCAGCACUCAUGAGGCAGAGAGAGGCAUGCAGAUCUCUGAGUUCAGGCUAGCCUGGUCUACAGAGCAAGUUCCAGGAUAACCAAAGCUACACAGAGAAAUGCUGCCUGGGUAAAACAAACAAAAACUAAGAACUAAUUAAAUACAUAGAUAAGAAAGGAAAGCACAAGCUGUCUAGCAAAGCUUGCUUAAUUCAGUAACCAGUGGCUUUUUUUGCCCGUGGGUUUUUUUUGUUUGUUUGUUUGGUUUUUUUUUUUUUUUUUCAUUUUAACCCACUCUGAACCCAGCUUCCGUUUGUAUUCUCCCUCCUGUAAAUUCCAUGUCAACAGUGGCAUGGACCACGUUGUCCCGCUUAUAAAUUGUGACAGCCACAAACAAAGAUGGUGGCUUCAGUGGAAGUGCUGAGCAGACUUCACAGUGGGUCCCAUAGUUCAUGCCCCCAGGCCUAGGAGACCCCCAGCCUGCAGAGAUUGCCCCACACUCACUCCUUGGCAGGCUGCAGGCACAGCCCCGGCAGAACUGUCUGCAGCAAUCAAGGCAUUUGUUUCCAUCUGUAAGUGAAGUCUACCCAUGACACAGUGAACAUGGCAAUUUGUUGGCAUCCUGUCACUAGCGUCUCCUGCUGGGACAGAAAACUGUCAAAGAAACCCAUUGAAAAGAGAAUGUAGCCUGGCUGUGGUCCCACAAACCUUUAAUCCCUGCACUGGGGAGGCAGAGGCCGGUGUAUCUCUGAGAGUUCAAGACCAAUCUGGUCUACAGAGCUAGUUCCAGGAAAGUCAGGGCAACACAGAGAAACCUUGUCUGGGGGUGGGUGUGGGGGGAUAAAUAAAAUCCAUCAUGUCAAGACAUAAAUCUGUCUCAUUAACAUAUCUGUAUUUCAUAGCAUGGUACCUAGGGAACAGCUUUUCAUUUAAAUCCUGCAGCUUUAGCGAUUGAGUGAAGUUCCCAGAUGGAGGACGCCUGGGCUGCACUCACGAGGCUAACCUGAGCGGGGUCUAGCCGAGCCGUCUGUGCGCAGUGCUCCCGCUGAGAAACAGGCAUUUGCAAUGGGCACACACAAAUGGAGCAAAAGUCAUCGUCUGAAAAGUGUAAAAUAGUUGAGGGGCCACACUAUUCAAAUUCAGUAGAAAAGUAGAGAACUUGUCAUUUCCUUGCGGUGUCCCUGUCUCCUGCUUUGUGGGCCAAAUGUAUCCGUUGGGUGGAAUAACUGGUUUCCUCUUCCUUUGCUGGUGUCUGUAGCAAAGUCAGAAAUCAUUUUUUUUUUUAUUUGUAACCUUUCUUACAAAGUUACUUUAUGGUUUACAAGCAACACUGAUGCAGAAGGAUACGUUAAUUUUCUUAAAUUAAGUAGCAGCACUUUGUUUACAGAGCUUGGAUCUUUUAGGUGAUCGUGGGGUUGUGUCCCUCAUCCCCAGCACUAGACCAGUGAGUGUCCUGCGGAAAUUCCGCCAUUGUGCUGUUCUCUCGUACCAAGGAUCAUUGAAAGUGUUUUAUCUUUUUUACGUAGUUUGUAUUGACUGGAUUUUAUAAUGGUAAGAAAACAGAGUGUUGUAUUUUGAGCUGAAAUUUGUGUAUCGUCAAGUAAUUCUGUUUUGUGUAUUGGAAGUUCGUUUACAACUUGAACUAUUUUUUAGAAGAAUGCUGAACAAAAUGAAUUGUAUUCAAGCUGUUUCAUUAACCUAAUAAAAUUGAUGGGGAAGACUUUUGAA